GUCACAUCCGUGACGCAGGCUGAAAGAAGGACAAGGCGCAGCAUCCCUACAUCCUCCAUCGCAUUAAUCUCAACCCGACGCUGACAACAGAGACAAGAAACGAUUUUGUGGCUUGCUUUCAGGCCCAAUCACAUCAAACAGAAUGACUAAAGAGAAAACUUCUGAGGUGGAAGAGGCACAACCAGCAUCUGAGUUCACCAGCCCUGUUCAUGAACCUCGCAAGAAACCCAUGGUGCAUCCAUCUGCACAGGCUCCACAUCCCAAGGACUAUGCGUUCACCUUCUUUGACCCAAAUGAUCCAGCGUGUAUGGAGAUUCUGAUUGACCCUCUGACCACAAUCCCAGAGCUAUUCGCCAUCAUCCGCCAGUGGGUUCCACAAGUUCAGCACAAGAUCGAUAUCAUAGGCAAUGAGAUUUUAAAGCGAGGUUGCCAUGUCAACGACCGCGACGGCCUGACAGAUAUGACUCUUCUCCACUACUGCUGCAAAGCGGGAGCUCAUGGAGUGGGUGAUCCUGAGGCAGCGCUCCGGCUGUCCAAUCAGCUCAUAGCUCUGGGUGCUGAUGUGAGUCUGCGCAGUCGUUGGACCAACAUGAACGCUCUCCAUUAUGCAGCUUACUUCGAUGUGCCAGAACUGAUCCGCGUUUUGCUCAAAGCCUCCAAGCCUAAAGUGCUCAACUCCACCUGUAGUGAUUUUUAUCAUGGCACAGCCCUGCACAUUGCCGCCUCCAACCUCUGCCUGGGCGCCGUCAAGUGUCUGCUGGAACAUGGAGCCAACCCCUCUGUCAGAAAUGAUAAAGGUCAAGACCCUGCCGAGGUCGUUCCUGACCCCAUAGACAUGAGUCUGGAUAAAACAGAGGCUGCUAUGGUGGCUAAAGAGCUGAAGCAGUUGCUGCUGGAUGCAGUGCCGCUCAGCUGUAACCUUCCCCGUGCCACCCUGCCAAACUAUGACAACAUCCCCGGAAACCUCAUGCUCUCUUCCCUGGGCCUCAAACUUGGGGGCCGUGUGGUGCUGGACGACAUGAAGACUGGCACCCUCCGUUUCUGUGGCACCACUGAUUUCGCCAGCGGGCAAUGGGUGGGCAUUGAGCUGGAUGAGCCAGAGGGCAAGAACGACGGGAGUGUGGGUGGGAUCCGCUAUUUUAUCUGCUCCCCAAAACAAGGUAUCUUCACCCCUGUGUCAAAAAUCAGCAAAGCUGUUGAACAGACCCCCUCUUCUGUCACCUCCACCCCCAAAACCCCUCGCAUGGAUUUGUCUCGUGUGACCGGCAAGAUCAAGAAAGAGAAAAAAGAGAAAGAUCGCGAGAAGAUUCCGAGAAAGAAGUCUCUGUCUGGGGGUUUGGAUCCUGAUGGAGUGAAGGUUGAAGUUGGGGAUCAGGUGCUGGUGGCCGGCCAAAAGCAAGGAAUAGUCCGCUUCUUUGGAAAGACAGACUUUGCUCCUGGAUAUUGGUUUGGUGUGGAAUUGGAGCAGCCCACUGGAAAGCAUGACGGCAGUGUAUUUGGAGUGCGUUACUUCCACUGUUUGCCCAAAUAUGGGGUUUUUGCACCACCAUCCCGUGUUCAGAGAAUUGGAGGGCCCAAAGACUCCGAGGGGGAUGGGACACUAGUGAAGAAAGUCCAUCAGGUGACUAUGUCCCAGCCGAAGCGUAACUUUAAUACGGUGCGGUCUCCGAAAGACAUAACAUCUGAGAAUUCCAUAUCCAGCAGGUUGCUGUUCUGUUGCUGGUUUCCCUGGAUGCUCCGUGCAGAGAUGCAGUCCUAAAUCCACUGGUUACAUCUUUAAUUCUAUCUCCUCCUCUUUCUGUUCCUCCUCAAGAUAAAAUCUCACUCCCUUCUGUGUACAUCCAUUAUUCACAUGUGCUUCUUUCUGUGAACUAACCAGACUGCUGUCAGAGGCACAGCUGUACACCCUCUCCUCCCACCCCUUUGACAGCAAUUCAAUAACAAAAAAUAGUGCCUUGUGAAGUAAGUAAUGUCCUGCAUUCCGAUUAUUAAAUUACAGACAAAUAAGCAAUCUUUUGUUAAAUCUAAAUAAGGCAAAAUCAUACCCACUAAAAGCCAUUCAUGUCUCUGUAUCUGCUUGGGUUUUUUGAUAAACCACUGUGAGUAGAUUAUUGGCAGAAUUCAAGCUUGUUAAUACAGUCAUGAUACAAACAAGCAGGGUCGGACUGGCCGUCGGGAGAAUCAGGAGAUUUCCCGAACGGCCGGUCAAAGUAACAGCCGCGGCAAAGCACGCUUGUAGGCUUUUGUUGCUUAAAUGUGUAAAGGUGCUUUUUGUUUAAUUUGGUUUUGAAACAUGUUGCUGCUGUAUUAUGAACCUGUCUUAAUUUCCAGUAUUUUAGUGCAAACUUUGGCUAUAUUCCUAAGUUUCAAAUGCCUGUUAUUUAUUUAGUUUUAGUAGGUGGCUUAAAUUAUUUGUGAAUUAUAAGUGAAAUUCUGAAAGCUUAUAAAAAUGUUUUAUAAAAAACACUGUCCUCUGAAAAUAUUGAUGCUGCCAAUGUGAAAAAAGAACAGGGUUUUCCCAUCUGAGCCCAAUGUUUUCUUCAUCCACAAUUACCCUUAUGCAAUUGUAUAGAUUAAAGUAUAAAUAUUGCAUGACAUUUGCAGGCAUGGGUACGUUUUACGGUGCUUCAACUGUUCUGAGAUGCGGUGAGAGGCCUGCUUUAGAUUUUAGAAGCUAAUUAAUCACUUGUCAUUUCAUUAAAAUCUACCACAGAGCCAAAAAUAAGCUACAUGAUAUCCUAAAGGCUAAAUUACCAAUUACUCCAAAUUACAUAUUAUAGAUUUUUAAACUACCUUCUAAACUACAUUCUUGACCUUUAAUAAAAAACGAGGUAGACAAAAUUAAAAGGUCUGAUUCCAUAACCCAAUAACCAUAAAAAUAAAACCACAAACGUAUUUCUCUCACCAAAAAAAAACAAACAAAAAAAAAAAUAGAAAAAUAAAAUGCAUAUGCUUUAUUGUUAUUUGCUUUAAAAUAAAGUAUAAUUUGCACCUUUUUCAGAAGUUACAGGCCAGACAAUUUUUAUGCAUUGUACGUUUUAUCCAUUGUUGUCCUUAACAACACUCUAGUUUCUACAGUCUAAAAAAGCUGUUAGAUCAGCCCCAAUUAUCCCUUCUCACACUCUGUCAUUCAUUUUGCAACAUUGAUUCGUUUUGUGAAUGCUCUUCUUUAAAAUUCUGAUCGUAAAAAAGUAUGUGCUUAUUAUAUUGUAAUCAAGUGUGUGGGUAAAAACAGCAAUAUUUACUCUGUCAACUUGCAUAUGAAUAUGGAUAGAACUUUGUCAACUUUAUUACCACCUAUAGAAGCACAGCAUGAGUAAAAGUGUCUGCCCCUUAUAGAUAACCUGGGAUCAAACAUUAUUAGGUAAAAUCACUAAAACGAUCCCAGAAUGGGCAGAUAUUGUAAAGGAGAGAUAAAAAACAAAACAAAAAAAAAACAAUGCUUUUCUCAUGUGCUCUCCUAAACAACUUUCUUGUGAACACUUGAUGAACUGCACUGAUCUGCAAAAAAAGAGCAAAUUGCAAAAUUGAAAAUGUACUGCUUAAACAGGUCUGAAUAGCUUUUGAUUUCUUCAGCUGCCAUGCCAUUAUUCAUUAAUAUAUUCAGAGUUAUAGAAUUUGUGUGGUAGGUUUAGCGUUGACACAGUAGUGAUUAGAGUAGUAUUCUUCUAAUGGAGUUCAAAGGUCAGCUCACAACAAACCUUGUGCAUACUCAGUUUGAUGAAACCUAUUGUGACUUGUUGAGUAUGUUGCUUUAUGGUGACUUACAGUUGUACAAAUCAUCAAUAUCUCACUGUUAUAAAAAUGAUUUACGUUAAUUUCAGCACAAGUCACAUUUCAUUGUUUGAUGCCAAAAGGAAAACAAAAAGGUAUGACUGUAAAUCGACCAUUUCAUUUGUAACUAUCUCACAUUGACUGGCUUACCCUCCACACUUUUAAGUUUCAAGUCUUGAGAGUUUAAAUGUGACAUCUAACAUUGUCAGCAAUGCUUUUUGUCAUUUUCUAUCCAGUUGUGUAAUUGGUAUAGUUAAUUUCUAAACAUUUAUUCGUCCAAGAAAAUAUCUAUUUUAAUAAUUUUACAAUGUACUUUUUUAACGUUAGGCCAAUGUGUUUUGUGUUUUCAUGUUAACAAUACUCUGUAAAUGGAAUUAAUGUGGAUAUUAUUUAUGAAUUCAGUUCGGGAUUUGAUGGACAAUACAGUAACUGUACUGCAUGCUGUGUAUACUUUUUGCUGGGGUUUUCUUCCUACAGUGUAUCAGCAUGAAAAGUUUAUUAAUUACUUAAAGUGAAACUAUCCUGACUAUGGAUAUAUGAUUAAUAAACAUUUAGGUUUUA